AUAUAUAUAACUACAAACAAAAUUAUUCCAAAACAUUAAGUGCAAAGUGAAAAAAAUGUAAUUACAAGUCAUAUAUUACAUAAAAAAGAUUACUUACAAUUGCCUAUAAAAAAUUUUACAAACAAUUAACUUGAGGCGGAGGUAGUACUAAAGAGUAAAAGACCAUAAAUGCACCAUAACUCCAACAACUCUAGACUUGCCUCGGAAUGUCCACACUCCAUGCAAAUGCACAACAUACCCCCGCCGGAAAUCCCAACCAGCAUCCAUGGCUUCCACUUUCCACCCUCUUUUUCUCUUUCUCCUACUCCUCCCUCUCUCCGCCACUGCCAACCUCCACAAAUCUAAAACCCUCCUCAAAUCAACUCUCCUUUCCUCCACCACUACAUCCCACCAACCACCUACUUCGAAGUCACCAAACCCAUCAGACUUCACAAGACCCAACCUUGCGUCUAUCCCAUUCUCCACCAUGAUUUCGGCUAUACAUAUGGGAAACCCCCAGAGCUGCUCUGCAGAGCCAAGAGCUACUGGGAUUGUGUGGAGUGUCAAGAAGGACAUAACAAGGUAUUACUCUUUGCUUGUUAAGAAUGAGACACAAAGUCUUGCUGUUUAUUUGGGUAAUUUAGUUGAUCGAACUUAUACUGACGUUUAUCAUGUGGACAUAACUGUUUACUAUUACCCUGCUGAGAAGAAAUUCAAUGACUUUGAGAGCAAUUUAGAGAACUUGGCAUCUGGGUAUGGCUCGAGGGCUGAUUUAAUCUUACCCAUUGCACGGAGUUUUCCAUUGAAUGAUGGGUUGUGGUUUGAAAUUGAGAAUUCCACAGAUACUGAGGGGAAGGAAAUCAAAAUUCGUCAAAAUGUGUUUAGGGCUGUGUUAGAGGUGUAUGUGUCAUUCCAUGAGAGUGAUGAGUUUUGGUAUGGAAAUCCACCAAAUGACUAUCUUUAGGCUAAUAAUCUUACUGACACAGCAGGAAAGAGCAGUGCUUGGGGCACUCGCCUCCUGCACUCUCCGGCCAACACUUCCACUUUCAUUGGGCCUAUUCUAAUAAUAGUAAGUUUGCAGU